AUGAGUGGAGAUCAAGCUGGAGAAUGGGAUUUAUGCAGUUCAAUUUUAUCAUUAGAAGAUCCUGAUUUUAUGCAUAUUAAUAUUGAUCCUCAACCUACUACUUCGCCAGGUUUGAUGGCUGAUCAUGCAGCUUGGUUCUGUUCUAAUUUGGAUUAUUCUAAUGGUACUGUUGAUCAUUAUCAAUUUCCUUGUAUUGCUGCUGCUGCUGUUGCUGCCUAUGAUGAUUAUUAUGGUCAUAAUCAUAUGUCCAUGUCAAUUAUUGAUGAAGAUAAUAAGAAUUUGGAGUCCAUUUUCUCAGCUUCUAGUGCUGACAUUUUGCUGCAAGGAAUCAGUGGUACUGGCUUUUCUAGUGAAGAUCAUAAAUUUCUUAACAUGGAUAUUGUUCAAACCCACCUAGGAGUAGGAGAUGAAGAUGAUGAUAAUCCCUUAUUCCACCACAAAAGGAAAUCAUCCAUUGUUGCUGCUGAUGAUCACGAUCACGAUCACGAUCAUGAUCAGAACCAGCUCAUCAAACCCAAUAAGAAAAUUCGCACUUCAAAUAAUGUGCAGAUCAAAAGUAAGAAAGGCACAGAAUCAAAAAAAGUGAGCAGCACACGGCGGCGGAAAUGUGAAGAAGAACAAGAAAAUGGAAGGUCGUCGUGUGAUAUGAACAGUUGCAGCAGCGAUAACUCAUCGGAGGAUGACAAUAAUAAUAAUGCUUCACCAAAACCCAAAACUAGAGCCACUAGAGGCUCAGCAACUGAUCCACAAAGCCUUUACGCAAGGAAGAGAAGAGAGAGAAUCAAUGAACGCCUUAGAAUUCUGCAGAAACUUGUCCCUAAUGGAACAAAGGUUGAUAUUAGCACAAUGCUUGAGGAAGCAGUUCAUUAUGUUAAAUUUCUGCAGCUUCAGAUAAAGCUUUUGAGCUCUGAUGAGUUGUGGAUGUAUGCACCAAUUGCUUACAAUGGGAUGGAUAUUGGUCUGCAGCAGAAGCUUUCUUCAAUUUUAUGACCAAAACCAAAAUCACCCCUUUGUAAUUUUUCAUAUCCGGCUUCAAUUAAUUCCCACAUUUUAGUAAAUGCAAAAAUCCGCAUACUAAAAAUGGAAUGAGAUUAAAAAAAAAAUCCUCCCAAUUUUCCUUUGUUCAUUUUAUAAAUAUGAUAAAUACUACCCCAUAGUUAUUAUUUAACAUUCUGUAUAUUUCCUUUUUCGAAGUGAAGUUCACAUUGGCUAUACUAAAGAAAUGUCUCUUGUAUAACAAACCAUUGAUGAUGAUACCUUGAUCGAUAUCUUCAAUGAAUCUCUUUCCUAGACGAGUGGAAAUUUUGUUGUAAUUAAAGAACUAAAAGUUGGUUGAAUGAUCCAUUGACUUUUAUA